AUGACAAAUCCAGAGAACAUGCCAACAUCGGGGUCUUCCCAUCAACAAUCUGUUUCAAGCUCUCCUGUUACAAUUUCAAUAUUUGGUGCUACACAGAGCAAUCCGAGUAAUCCUAUUGCUAUUGAUGAUGAUCAACAAGAGAUUGCAGAAGGUGGCCUGUUUGAGAAGAAGAAAAGGAAAACAAAAAUCUGCAGUUUGGUUGGAGUUCAAGGAUGUAAUGGGGAAAGAUGGAGUGAAGAGAGCAGAGUGCAUUCAUUGCAAGGCAAGGCUGGUAUUAGUGGAGGCACUACCACUCAUUUCAAGAGGCAUCUAGAUGGAUGGACAAGAAGGAAAGUAAAUUUGAAAUCACAUAAGAUGCUGAACUUGAUUCCAUCUCCAGUGAACAAGGAAGUAGGUACUGUUUCUAAUUUUCAAUAUGAUCAAGGAAAAAUGAGAGAAUCAAUUGCACAUUUUAUUCUCAUGCAUGAGCAUCCUUUCACAAUUGUGGCGCAAGAGGGUUUUAAUUUAAUGAUGAAAACUAGCACCCCACAUUUUCAAGGCAUUAGUCGUGCUACUGCUAAAAAUGAUUGUAUGGCUGUGUAUGAGACGAUGAAAAUUAAGUUGAAGGCAAUGUUGAAGAAUGUGAACAAAAUUAACUUGACUACUGAUCUUUGGAGAUCAAAUCAACAAAUAGAGUAUAUGGUGGUUACUGGGCAUUUUGUUGAUGUUGAUUGGAAAUUACAGAAGCGUGUUCUUAGUUUUGUGAAUGUGCCUCCUCCACGUGGAGGUGUUGAUAUUGUUGAUGCUCUAUUUAAAUGCAUGAAUGAGUGGGGGAUUGAAAAUAAAAUCUACUCAAUUGCUGUUGAUAAUGCUUCUUAUAAUGAUGUUGCUAUUAGAACUUUGAAAACUACAUUAUCUAGAACUAAGAAGUUGUUGCUUGGAGGUCGGUUGUUCCAUGUUCGUUGUUGUGCACAUAUAUUAAAUCUUCUUGUGCAAGAUGACCUUAAGGUUGUAGAAGAUAUCAUCCAUAAUGUUAGGGAGAGUGUUAAAUUUGUGAAACAAUCUGAUUCUCGACUUCUCAAGUUUAGUGAGAUUGUUAAAUAG